ACUCUCCUCGACUCUCCUCUUGCCAUACACUAGCGCAGAAAUGGGCGACGUGAAUAUCACAAAUCCUCCGGCGCCGCGUGUGCCCUACUAUACGCCCGCACAGUACCCCGCCUCCGGUACCGCUGUGGACACAGGGAAGCAGCCGAUCCCCACGCUCUUCCAGCCCCUCAAAAUCCGCGGCCUCGAGCUCCACAACCGCAUAUGGCUCUCUCCGAUGUGCCAGUACUCCGCCCAGGAUGGCAAGCUCACUCCCUGGCACUUCGCCCACCUCGGUGGCAUCAUCCAGCGCGGUCCCGGCCUGAGCAUGAUCGAGGCCACCUCAGUAACCCCAGAGGGCCGCAUCACUCCCGAAGACUCCGGCCUCUGGUGCGACGAGCAGAUCCCCCCACUCCAAGACAUCGUCACCUUCGCGCACUCGCAGAACCAGAAGAUCGGCAUCCAGCUCGGACACGCCGGGCGCAAGGCGUCCACCGUGGCGCCCUGGCUCUCCGCAGGCGCCACCGCCACCGCACUCGUCGGUGGCUGGCCCAACGACGUAUGGGCGCCGAGCGCGCUGUCAUACAGCGAUGCGUACCCGAAGCCGAAAGAGCUAACGAAGGACGGCAUCAAACGGAUCGUGCGUUCGUUCGCAGAGGCAGCGAGGCGCGCGCUGCGUGCGGGGUUCGACGUGAUCGAGAUACACAACGCGCAUGGAUACCUGUUGCACGAGUUUGUGAGCCCCGUGAGCAACAAGCGCACGGACGAGUAUGGAGGGAGCUUUGUAAACCGGAUCCGCCUCACGCUCGAGGUCGUCGAUGCCGUGCGCUCCAUCAUCCCUCCGGACAUGCCUUUGUUCCUCCGGAUUUCUGCGACAGACUGGCUUGAAGAGAGCCUCUCCGAGGAGCCCUCGUGGACCGCGGAGGAAACCGUGCGCCUCGCGGGUAUCCUUGCAGAGCACGACGUGGACCUGCUCGACGUCAGUACAGGCGGACUGCAUCCCGCGCAGAAGAUCGACGGCGGGCCGGCAUAUCAGGCGCGCUUUGCAGAGAUGGUCAAGAAGGCGCACGGCGACCGCAUCCGCGUCGCGACUGUCGGAGCCGUCUCGGACGGACACACCGCACAGAACGUGCUGGACAAGGGCCAAGCGGACGUGGUGUUCGUCGCGAGGCAGUUCCAGAAGAACCCAGGGACGGUGUGGCAGUUUGCGGAGGAGCUGGGCGUGGACCUCACUAUUGCGCACCAGAUUGAGUGGGGGUUCAUGGGACGCGGGAAUGUCGGCCGUGCGCAUAAGAAGGCGUAAUCGGAAGCAUUGACAGUUUAC